ACUUCCCAUUGUGUGCGUCUGCAGGGCUGUUGGUAGUGACACUCAGACGGAGGGCUUCUGUGCUAAGCAAGCGACUAACCGCAUUAAACCCGUAGAGAGAAGCGGCUUGUUUGUCUUAAGUUAUAAACUCGGUUCGGCCACCAAUAACGACCUCCGUUCCCACUUGAGUGGACUUUAUACACCACUCUGCUUGCUUAGGUAAAAGAGUGCCGCAGCUUCUGACCGAGCACGCCGCCGCUCCUGCCCGUCUCCGCCGCUGCGAGAGAAGAAAACAAGCUCGGUGAGCAGUGUGCGCUAAAGCUGUGUGAUCAUUGACAGAGUUCAGUACACACAAGCUCCCAACCGUAACUUGUCGGCGCAUCGUGCAGCUUAGCUCAGAGGUUCUUCGGAAAGCCACGGUUGCGGAUAUUUUUUGCCUCCGAAGUCGAGGUGUUGUAUCAUAUAAUCUUAAGCUACUGUGAGGCACUUACCUAAUAAGACCAGUUUCCAUCAGCUUCCCUGCAGCCCCCUACCUGCCCCAACAGCCUUCUGCCCCAGCAUGGAUGAAGUCACUGUUGUUAAAGAAGGAUGGCUCCACAAGAGAGGUGAAUACAUCAAAACAUGGCGACCUCGCUACUUCAUCCUGAAGAGCGAUGGAUCCUUUAUCGGAUACAAAGACAAGCCGGAGGUGUCCAGUGACCUCAGCCUCCCACCGCUCAACAACUUCUCCGUCGCAGAGUGCCAGCUGAUGAAGACGGAGCGCCCCAAGCCCAACACAUUUGUAAUUCGAUGUCUGCAGUGGACCACCGUUAUAGAGCGGACUUUCCAUGUGGAGACCAACAGCGAGAGGGAGGAAUGGAUGCAGGUGAUCCAGACAGUAGCAAACAGCCUGAAGAGUCAGCAGCAGGAUGAGGAGCCCAUGGAGAUCAAAUUUGGCUCACCCAGCGACAGCAGCGGCGCAGAGGAGAUGGAAAUUGCUAUGUGCAAAUCCCGUUCAAAAGUGACUAUGAGUGACUUUGACUAUCUGAAGCUGCUGGGCAAAGGGACGUUUGGAAAAGUGAUCUUGGUUAAGGAGAAAGCUACAGGGAUGUACUAUGCCAUGAAAAUCCUCCGCAAAGAAGUCAUCAUUGCUAAAGAUGAGGUGGCUCACACAGUUACAGAGAGCAGAGUUCUCCAAAACACACGGCAUCCUUUUCUAACGACACUAAAAUAUGCAUUUCAAACACACGACCGGCUAUGCUUCGUGAUGGAGUAUGCAAAUGGAGGAGAACUCUUCUUUCACUUAUCCCGGGACAGAAUAUUCACAGAAGAUAGAGCACGGUUCUAUGGUGCAGAAAUAGUAUCAGCACUGGAGUAUCUACACUCACGCAAUGUUGUUUACAGGGACUUAAAGCUGGAGAACCUGAUGUUGGACAAAGACGGCCACAUAAAGAUAACAGACUUUGGGCUGUGUAAGGAGGGAAUUACAGACGGUGCCACCAUGAAAACCUUCUGUGGAACUCCAGAGUACCUGGCGCCAGAGGUACUGGAGGACAACGACUAUGGCCGUGCCGUGGACUGGUGGGGACUGGGAGUGGUGAUGUAUGAGAUGAUGUGUGGUCGGUUACCGUUCUACAACCAGGACCACGAGCGUCUGUUUGAGCUCAUCCUCAUGGAGGAGAUCCGCUUCCCGAAGACCCUGGCGCCGGAGGGCAAGGCCCUGCUGGCAGGCCUGCUGAAAAAAGAUCCCAAACAAAGGCUUGGAGGUGGACCAGACGAUGCCAAAGAUGUAAUGACCCACAAGUUCUUUGCCUUGAUAAACUGGCAGGACGUGAUUGAAAAAAAACUUAUCCCACCCUUCAAGCCCCAAGUAACAUCAGAGACAGACACUCGUUACUUCGAUGAUGAGUUCACAGCACAAUCUAUUACAAUAACUCCUCCAGACAAGUAUGACAGCUUAGAUGUUGAGGAUUCAGAUCAGCGUACACACUUCCCUCAGUUCUCAUACUCUGCCAGCAUACGGGAAUGAUCACUAAGACUCAUGAACAAGCAGGCAGGCUGGCUCACAAUCCCAAUCCCACAUGCACCCUUGCACUGGUGAGGAAUAAAAAAAAAUGACACAAAACAAACAAAAAAAAAAAGUGGCACAAGGCACAUUUUUCAUUCUGUCUUUUGACACAAUUACAGGUAAAUUAUGGAGAAAAAAUAUAUAGUUUAUAAAGUAUGAAUUCAACACACGGCCCAUGCCUGACCGAGCUCAGCAGGUUUGUUUGAAUAGACUGGCAGCUUUGUCUCUGCACGUCCUGCUGGACCUCUGCAACACCACAUCAAAGCCUUUACACUUCAAACCAGGUUAUGCCAGCAAGUCCCUCAUCUUUACCAGCUGUACCUAAGGUCCUCACACACACGCACAACAAAUGACCCAUGCUUAAACUACAUAUUUACAUCAUCAAACUUGGUAGAAUUUAAAAAAGUGUAAUCUGAAUUUGGAAAAUGAAAAAUAUUUGAGGGAGGGGAAACAACUUUUUUUUAAUUAUUAUUAUUUCAUCAGUUACGGUUUUAAAUGUAAAGCCAUAUUUCAAAUUUUUUUCUUUUUUUUUUUGAUUAAAAAGAAAAAUAACAAGUGCCCUUUCUGGAACUUGCUGUUACAAAUCAAGUGUAGGGUUUCCCUACAGCAAGGGGGGAGGGGGGGACAAGGACACGGGGGACGAUGAGGAGAGUUGCCAUUACGGUGUUUGCACUGCACAGGGUGUAUAUGCGGAUGGGCGAGAGGAUAUGAAUGUAUGCGUGUGUGCAGAGAGAGCGCAAGAGGAACGAGUGAACAACAGCUUGAAUCGUCAGCCAUCCAUUUGUGUCGUUUUUUUUAUGCAUGUUUUUAAACUAAACGUUUUGCUGGAACAUGGGCGAGAGAGGACACACUACGCAACACACUCAGUGGGCUGUUUUUCAUUUUGAAGCCGUGUAGUUUAAGAUUGCUGUUCUGAUUGCUGGCUGUUAAAUUGUCUCAGUCAAGACAAACAAACAGACCUUAUUGCAUGGCUUACCUUUGCUGUCGAAACUGCAUUCGCUAAUGUGAUGCAGCGCUCAUUCACGUGGAGUCCAGGUUUGUAAACUCAGAUUCCAGCUAGUCUCUGGUUUUGUAGAAAGAAAAUCCAGGCUAGUUUCUCCAUGUGUACAUAUUGAUAAAGACUGAAUAAAACUCUGACCCCAGUUUUCCUGGACCUGUCCAGAAAAUGUCCCGUUUUAAGUAUUUACUCUGUCUUUUGUUCUGUAAAACUUCCUCCCUUGCUGAGAUGGUUAUUCAGCAAUAUAUUUUUUUUUUAUAUCAGUGCAACGUCUUUAAGUAUUUUUAAACCUAGCUUUUAAUUUCUCCCUUCAUUAAAAAAAAAAAGUCUAAAUCAUUCAAAGUGACUUUUUGGACAUUUAUCUUGUUGAUUUGAUUCAACGUUUCACAUUUAGAACCUGAUUUGUUUCCUUAAGUGUCUGAGCACUUAAAAUGUAUGUAGUUGUAUGUUUGAAGCAAUAGUGUGACCUGUUCAACCUGCCUUUAAUUCAUCUGUAAAAAGGAGGAACUGCCCAAACAUCAGCUGUAUUAGUUUCAAGAGAAAACCUGCAUACUUUUAGUCGUGAAGGCACAUGAUUGAGAGAAGCUGACUCAAACUUUUAUGUUGUGAUGCUGGAAGAGAUCUCGCUUUUUUUUUUUAAGUCGUGACAAAAGAACAUCAAAACAUUUUUUUUUUCUGUUUCAUGUUUUUGUUUGUUGAGUUUUCCUCCCUUUUUGUCCAUUUCUCAAAUUUUGCAAGACAGAUUGUCUGGUUUAAAGUACAUCAUAUAAAAAUAUGAAUAUAUUAAAGUUUUUUUGAACUGCUUUCUUUAUGUUUUUGUUUUUCUUAAACUCUUUUAAGUUUUUAACUUCAAGGGGAUACCAUUAGAGAAAUGAUAGGCUAGGUCCAUAUUUAGCCAAAAAGCCCUUUUAAAUUACAAUUUAAAAAUUUACAUUGGAAUGGAGAAAUUGUAAUUCAUAUUCUGUUUAUAUUACCUUACAUUCUUAAGGCAUAAGUAUUAACAAACUGCCCUAAAUUUGACUAAACUUCAUAAAUCCUGAACUUAAUUUUUCCCUGAUAGUUUUUGAGUUAAGAACAGCAUCAGCUAGUCAUAAACUCAGUAGCACUGAUUAUAAGAAAACUAUCCUUUUAAUGCUUUCUCCUACAGACAUUGCAGAACAUUGACUACUUAACGUGUUUGAAGGUUUCGCAUGAACAAAUUAGCGUCCUCCAAGAUUUCUCUCUUGUCACAUUAAUUUAUGUUUGUGUGAUUUUUAUUUGAGUUAGUUUUUAUUUUUGCUUGUUUGUUGGUGACUUUAAGUUCGUGUGCUUGAUUCGAGUGAAAGAGCGUGCCUGUUUAGAUGCUUGAGUGAACGUAGUGAUUCAAACACAGGAAAAAACAGCAGCUUUUCAACACAGCAAAGACCAUGGGGUGGCCUCAGUUCCUGCAGACAAUACCGUGAUCAAAUGGCUUUGAUUUAUGCUGAAACAACUCCAGCACCUCUUCUCACUGGCUCAGGCACAGUCAUCAUACUCUGUCCUGGAGUCCUGCUUUGGCAGGGCCCGAUAUCAGAACCAUUGCACUGAUGGACUCCACUGUGGAUUUGCCUUCAUUGCUAUCAUGGCCACAAGGGGAUGCUGCCGGACUCUUUAAACUUGGUGGUGAAGCCAUAGAUUGAACCUCUCUGUUGGCCACGCUUUAAGCAAUGCUUCACAGCUGAACAUGCAAGUGAACACCCCUGACCUCUCCUGUAGGCGUACACUGGCACAACAAGUGCCUCUUCAUUAUUAUGUAAAUACCAAAAAAAAAAAAAGGAAAAAAAAGAAGCUUGCUGGUGAAUGCAGCAUUAGUAGAAGGGGAGGCCUGUAGCUUUGUAGUGUUUGAUUUGCAGCUUUACCAUGGUUAACAUGUUUCUCUGUAUAUCUGAAUGUGAUCAACGGUCAGGAAUGUCAUACCUGAUUCUGGUGUUACAGAGACAUUUUAUUUUAUUUUUUAAUUGAUGCUCAGAGGGCAAUGAAAAAAACAAAAAAAAACAAUCUUUAAAGGGAGGACGCUGUCCUAGCCAGAAUUCCCAACCCCUUUUAAGACUUUACAAUGUAACGGGUGAUACCUGCUACAGUAUGGUAGCUUAUAUUUGCAACUAUAAUGUGCCAGUAAACCUUUUUACUGAUCAAA